UGAGAGGCCGGAGCCCGCGACGGUUGAACCGGGCUGGAGACUGGGGCGGCCGGGCCCUGUGGUUUGAGGUGUCCAAGUCGGCGGCUGCAGCUCCGCGUCGGCUGUGCGACCUGCAGGCGUUCUGCGUGGGCCCGGCCAUGCCGACUCGGGCGGAGGACUACGAGGUGCUGUACACCAUUGGCACGGGCUCCUACGGCCGCUGCCAGAAGAUCCGGAGGAAGAGCGACGGCAAGAUCUUAGUUUGGAAAGAACUUGACUAUGGCUCCAUGACAGAAGCAGAGAAACAGAUGCUUGUUUCUGAAGUGAAUUUGCUUCGUGAGCUGAAACAUCCAAACAUCGUCCGGUACUAUGAUAGAAUUAUUGACCGGACCAACACAACACUGUACAUUGUAAUGGAAUAUUGCGAAGGAGGGGACCUGGCUAGUGUAAUUUCAAAGGGAACCAAAGAAAGACAAUACUUGGAUGAAGAGUUUGUUCUUCGAGUGAUGACUCAGUUGACUCUGGCCCUAAAGGAAUGUCACAGACGAAGUGAUGGUGGUCACACUGUGCUGCAUCGGGAUCUGAAACCAGCCAAUGUGUUCCUGGAUGGCAAGCAAAACGUUAAGCUUGGAGACUUUGGGCUAGCUAGAAUAUUAAACCAUGAUACGAGUUUUGCAAAAACAUUUGUUGGCACACCUUAUUACAUGUCUCCUGAACAAAUGAAUCGCCUGUCCUACAAUGAGAAGUCGGAUAUCUGGUCACUAGGUUGUUUGCUGUAUGAAUUGUGUGCAUUAAUGCCUCCAUUUACAGCUUUCAACCAGAAAGAACUAGCUGGGAAGAUCAGAGAAGGCAAAUUCAGACGAAUUCCAUACCGUUACUCUGAUGAAUUAAAUGACAUUAUUACGAGGAUGUUAAAUUUAAAGGAUUACCAUCGACCUUCUGUUGAAGAAAUUCUUGAGAAUCCUUUGAUAGCAGACUUGGUUGCAGGGGAGCAAAGGAGAAAUCCCGAGAGAAGAGGGCGGCGAUUAGGAGAACCAGAAAAGUUGCAGGACUCCAGCCCUGUACUGAGUGAGCUGAAACUGAAGGAAAUCCAGUUACAGGAGCGGGAGCGAGCCCUCAAAGCAAGGGAAGAAAGCCUGGAGCGUAAGUCCGAGGGGCAGGCGAAGCACAGAGAGCUCCAGGAAGCUUAUUCCAAUAUGUGUGAAAAUCUGUCUGAACAGAGGAUCUCAGAGAAGGAACGUGAGCUUUGUGUUCGUGAGAGACUGGCAGAGAACAAGCUGGCCAGAGCGGAAAGCCUGUUGAAGAACUACAGCCUGCUGAAGGACCAGAAGUUCCUGUCUCUGGCGGGUAGUCCAGCUUUUCUUAGAUUCUACACUGCCCUCCGUAAAGACACACUAGACUUAAAUCAUGAUUACUGUGAUAGAGCGAGGAGGAACUUUUAUCUGGAACUUUUUGAUCUUCCCUCCUCGAUAAUGAAGAAGAAGGUUCAUUUCAGUGGGGAGAGUAAAGAGAAUGUCAUGUGGAGUGAGAAUUCUGAGAGUCAGCUCACCUCCAAAUCCAAGUGCAAGGACCUGAAAAAAAGGCUUCAUGCUGCUCAGCUUCGCGCUCAAGCCUUGUCAGACAUUGAAAAAACUUACCAGCUGAAGAGCAGACAGAUCCUGGGCAUGCGCUAGCCUGGCCCGGAGACACAGACCUGUGUGCAGUAUUUAAUGUCGCCAGCCCUUUCGAGAUGGGUAUUCGACUGCUGUAGCCUGUGUGCUUGGUGCCACGAACCGGGCCUUUUCUAUAGUAAGCAGGAUAUUUUGGGAUUGCUCUUGCUCUUCUUGAGCAGCAGUUGUACCAAUGUCCACACCUUUCAUUUUUCUUUCUUUUGUAAAGAACCCUUCAUAGAAAGAAUAACACUUUCUUGGCUGGUUGGGUUUUUAAUCCUGUGUGUGAUUACUACUGGAACAUGAAUGUUAUGUUCUAAAUGUGGGGGGGAAAUAAUAUUAAGAAAAGAUAUUUACCCAGGAGCAGCGCUUACUGAGAAGUUUUAAGGGACUGAAGUGGUGUGCUUACAAUUGCCAUGUCUAUAGUUAAGAUUUAAGGCUGAGGUUUUAAAUGUUCUUGAGCUUAGAGAAAACCUAAUUGGAUAUAGAUUGGUAACUAAUACCUUGACAUCUCGCUCAUAAAUAUCCCAUUGCUCUGUAGUAUAAAUCUGUCACCUUCUGUGAAAAUUCAUCACUAUGAUGUCUCUACUCUUUUUUCCUUUUUAAUCUGUUUAACAGUAUGUGAGCUGUCUGUCAUUUGCCUACCCCUUUCUCACUAAAUAAAAGAAUUCUUUAGUUUUCCUAUAUUCACGUCCUUG